AUGUCAUAAUAACUAUUUAAGGUGUAUUUGCAAUCCAUUUCACAUACUUUUAAAGACUUACCUAAAGGAAACUUUUAUUGGAGAUUCCAUAAAAGAGAUAUCAACAGGAUUAUAACUACUCCUUGUCCAGUAGAUUCACCAGCCAAAGAAACAGAUAUAUAAUUAUUUAAGGAAUUAAGAGCAUAAAUUGGAGUCAGAGAAGACUUUGUUUGUCCUCAAUGUCCACAUCAUGCAAAAUGUCAGAAAGCAUUUUAAUAAACAGAUGGAGGUAACAUGUAAACCCUGUUAUUACCACAUCUUUCCAAAUUUUUAGAAACCAUCAGUACUCAUGAAAUGAACCUGUAAUAUUAUUAAUUUAUUUAUUUAGACAAAAUGAUUAAAAAAGCUUUUGGUUGUCAAGUACAAGAGUGUUAGACACAUUUCAUUCCAUUCUAAUAGAUUUCUAACUUAAUCAAAAUAAACUUAAUGAAUAGUUUUUGAGUGAUAUUGCUUAAGUUUCUGAAAAUGAAUCUAUUCAUUAAUAAUAAGAUCCGAGCAAAAAAACAGAUAAAUAUACAAAAAAGGCUGACUUUUUAGAUGAUUAACACACUCAACCGAAAAAAGAAGGUAGAAGAUAAGAAAAUGAAGAAUAUGAAAAUAAUAAUAAAAAUUAUGGUAGAAGAUCAUAUGAAAAUUCAGAAAAUAAAUAUGAUAAAUACAAUAAAUAUGAGAGAGGAGGAGAUAAAUAUAAUACCAAAUUUGAUAGAUCAGAACAAUACAAUAGAAAGGAUAGAUUUGAUAAAUAUGAUAAUUAAUAGAAGUAUGAUCGUUAGUUUGAUUCAGAUAAAUACAAUGAUUCAGGUAAAUAUGAUAAAUACGCAAAUAAAUAUGACAGAUAUGAUAACAAAGAGAGAUAUAAUAGAAAAGAGAGACCUUAAAGAUUUGAUAGAGAAGCAAAUGGAGAUUAAUAAUAUAGAGAAAAUAGAAGUUUUGAUAAAUAUGAAGACAGAAGUCAAAGAUAUGAAAAAAGAGAUAAAUUUGAUAAAUAUGAUAAGUAUGAUAAAGGUGAUAAAUUUGAUAAAUACGAUAAAUUUGAUAAAUACGAUAAAUUUGAUAAAUAUGAGAAAGGCGAUAAAUCAUUCAAAGCAGAUAGAUUUGAUAGAAGAAAUUCUGAUUUUAGUGAAGAAACCAAUGAUGCGCCAAAAAAUUAUAAAGGUAGAAAGGAUGAUUUUUCAAAAAAUUAUGAGAAAAAUGAUAAAUAACAUUAUGAAAAUGACCGAUUUUAAAAAUAGAAUAAAUAAGCAAAAGUUAAGGAUGAGGAUGAUUUCAAUACAUUUGUUAAAUAAAGAGAACAAUAUUUGAAAGAAAAAUAAGAUAAUUUUGAAGGGGAAAGAAAACCAAAUUAGAAAUAACAAGAUACAAAGAGGGUAUAAUAAGAGGAUUAAUCAAAUCUAAAUGAAAAUAAUGAAGAGGAAUAACCGUAAGGCAGAAAGGUUAAAAGGAGCACCAAGUUUAAAAUGUAAUGA